AGGCAGUGAGAAAGGCAGGGGAGAAUCAAAAACCUUUCCAACUCGCUUGCUUCGAUUUUAAUCUGAGAAUAAGCCCUAGACUCUGAUACCCAUGGAUGCUGCAGAAUUCCGCAAGAGAGGGAAGGAGAUGGUGGACUAUGUUGCGGAUUACCUGGAGAAGAUAGAGAAACGACAGGUAUUCCCAGAUGUGGAGCCAGGAUACCUUCGGCCCCUCAUCGCAGACUGUGCACCCCAGGAUCCUGAGAGCUUUGAGGAUGUCUUUAAAGACAUUGAGAAGAUCAUUAUGCCAGGGGUGACUCAUUGGCACAGUCCGUACUUUUUUGCCUACUUCCCUGCAGCCUCUUCCUUCCCAGCUCUUCUUGCAGAUAUGUUGUGUGGCGGAAUAGGAUGUGUGGGCUUCUCUUGGGCUGCAAGUCCAGCUUGCACAGAGCUGGAGACUGUCAUGCUGGAUUGGCUAGGGAAGAUGAUUAAUUUGCCUGAAGAGUUUUUAGCUGGGAAGGAUGGCCAAGGUGGAGGAGUCAUUCAGGGAAGUGCAAGUGAGGCCACCCUGAUUGCACUGCUUGCUGCAAGAACAAGGACUAUCAGACAGGUGCAGGCAGAGAAGCCUGAGCUAACAGAAGCAGAGAUCAUGGGCAGACUGGUGGCUUAUGCUUCUGACCAGGCUCAUUCAUCUGUGGAAAGGGCUGCACUAAUUGGUGCUGUGAAGAUUAAAAAUGUUCCUUCAGAUGACACAUUCAGUGUUUGUGGUUCAGCCCUGAAGAAAGUUCUGGAUGAAGACAAAGCUGCUGGUCUCAUACCAUUCUUUUUCUGUGCAACACUUGGAACCACCUCUUGCUGCUCCUUUGACAAACUGUUAGAACUGGGUCCUAUUUGUAAUAAGGAAAAGAUCUGGAUGCAUAUUGAUGCAGCCUAUGCGGGAAGUGCUUUCAUCUGUCCCGAAUUCAGGCAUCUUUUAAAUGGAGUGGAGUUUGCAGAUUCAUUUAACUUUAAUCCUCACAAAUGGCUCCUAGUGAAUUUUGAUUGCUCUGCAAUGUGGGUGAAAAAAAGAUCAGAUUUAAUAAGUGCCUUUAAAUUAGAACCUCUUUACCUGCAGCAUCACCAUCAGGAGUCUGGUCUUGUAACAGAUUAUCGUCACUGGCAAAUCCCCCUGGGCAGGAGGUUCCGCUCCCUGAAGCUCUGGUUCGUGCUGAGGAUGUACGGGGUCAAGGGGCUGCAGGAGCACAUCCGCAAGCACAUCAGACUGGCGCACCAAUUUGAACACUUGGUCCUUCAGGAUGGAAGGUUUGAGAUCUGUGCUGAGGUUGUCUUGGGACUGGUCUGCUUCCGGCUGAAGGGCUCAAAUGAACUAAACGAGGCACUUCUUAAAGGCAUAAAUGAUGCCAAGAAGAUCCAUCUGGUCCCGUGCCACCUGCGAGAGAAGUUUGUGCUACGUUUUGCUAUUUGUUCCCGCACAGUGGAAUCCACCCACAUCAAGUUUGCCUGGCAGCACAUCUCGCAGCUGGCAACUGAUCUUCUGAAAACAUGGGAGCAAAACCACAACCAGCAGUAACAGCAGUGAAGUAUAAGUGGUGAUGAGGUAAUUAACUGGCUUUCUCUGUGUUGCCAAGUUUUAUUUUAGGUGCAGGUGGGAAAGUCAAACUAUGAAGGAAAAAAGUACAAAACCUCUUGUUAUAUAGCCCAGCUGCAGUAGCAAAAUCCUUGCCAGCAAGUUGAGUUGUAACUGUAGUCAUUCCUUCUGUGUACUGUAGUUUCAUCUUGCCUGUUUCCAGGAUGCACAUAGCCAAGGAGACUUGAGCUGUCAUUUCUUAACAGUUUGUAGUCAAGAGCAUUUGUUCAACCAAGCAAUGGAAAUGGAAGGGUUGGUGCUCCCUCCAUUGUCCCUGUUCACCUCUAGCCUGGCCCCUCCUUCCUUCACAGAUGAAACUAAGGGGUGUUAUAACCAAUUAAUUUAACAUUACUAUGACUGCAGGAAGAACCCAAUUUGGGGAAGUUCAGUUCAGGUUCUGAGUAUGUUAAUAUCUGCAUAGGCAUGCACAAAUGUAGUUGCCAGGAUUUGGGGCACUAUCGUGUCAUGAUACACUUACUGCAGUAAUUUUGUAAAUGAACAAAGGACAAAGGACUUCAAGACUUCCUUCAUUGCAUAGCCAGACCUAGGGGAAUGAGCACUAACUGAUUACUAAUCAUCCUUCUAGCAGGUUCUCCACUUUCCCCUAAAUGGUUUGCUUUUAAAACAGCCAUUUUGUCAAAUUCCAGCAAAUAGGUUAUGCUGGAUAUUGGUUUCCAGAUUCAUAAUGAGAUCCCUGAAAAGCUCCUCCUGAAGACUUUUGUCAAAAGCCAUGUGCUACCUGGUAGUCUAUAUUUUUAAUCAAGUUAUUCUCAGCAGUGAUUGACAAUAGUCUGUAAAAUAUGAUCUGUGAAACUGAGUUGAUUUCUUUUUAUGGCUACCAUUUUGAUUACUUCAUGGUGUAACAAAUCUUGACAAAAUGUGCUUAGACAAUGUGAUGUCAAGAAUGUUACUCUUAGUUUCUCAAAUUAGCUAACAAAUGAGUAAACAAGUGACAAUAAAAAUAGGAAGUAAGAGAGCAAACACCCAAAAUCAGCUGUGGUGCCCCCAUCAGUGGUUUUCUUCCCUUAAAAGUGAUGAAUGGAAAAUGAAAUACUGGAAAACCUCUUUCUGAGAAAGUCAAAUCAUAUAUAUUUGACACAAACCAUUAAUAUGUCAUCCUGUCAAAGACAGGCACAGUAAAGAGCUAAAAUAAAAGUUAGAGGUGAAAGUCAGAACAAUAUCAAAUAAAGAAGUGCUUUUGCCAUUUAACAAACAUUAAUUCCAGACAGUUAUUUCUGCGUAAAUAAGAACAACAUAAGUAGCUGCUCCAAGAAAAAUAAUAUGUAAGAUUAAUUUCUACAUUUGUAUUUCAAUCUUCCUUUUAAUGCUUAUAUUAACUUCUAAAGCCUCUUGAGCAACAUGCACAAUUAUUCAGCUUUCUUCCUCCAUCCCUUUCAAGUAUACUUCCUAUGGCUGGGGAGUUACAAGUAGACCAGGCAACUUGGAUCAGGACAGUUAAUUUGGCACAUGGUCUGCUCCUACCUCUGCCUUUCCUAAUCUCUCACUUCUGGGAAGGAUUACUAUUUCCAUAAGGAACUGGUUUCCCAGGCAACAGAUGAAGAAAGGGAUGCCAAUGAAUUUGGUAAAACCCAGUAAUAUUUGAGCAGGUGACUGACAUAAGACACUGCUGUCAGCUACAGUGUCAGAAAUUUUGAUAGCAUCAUUCUCUUCAGCAGAACCAAUAUGAAAUUUAGCUUU